AUGAUUACCAUGGCGACGUGGGAGGCUGCUUUCUCCGUCUCUAUUACCGGUCUGGUCAACGGCGGCACAGCAGGCCUGAUCUGGAUGUUCUUCAUCACUUGGAUGGGCUUCAUCCUAGUCAAUACCUCCAUGGCAGAAAUGGGCUCGAUGGCGCCCACCAGCGGUGGCCAGUACCACUGGGUGUCAGAAUUCGCCCCAAGGCAGCACCAGAAGUUCUUGAGCUAUGUCAUGGGCUGGAUUUGUGUGCUGGGGUGGCAGGCCUCCUGCGCAUCCACUGCCUACAUCUCCGGUACUAUGAUACAGGGGCUCAUAGUCUUGAAUAACUUGGACACCUACGUCCCAGAGCGCUGGCACGGCACUCUCCUCACCAUGGCAGUCGCUGCAUUCUCCGUCGUAUUCAACACCGCCUUUGCCCGAAAGCUCCCGCUCUUCGAGGGUAUUGUCCUCAUCAUCCACAUUUGGGCCUUUAUCGGCAUCCUCGUUGCGCUCUGGGUCCUCUCCCCCACUGCGGACGCCAAGUCCGUCUUCACGACCUUCACAGACGGCAGUGGCUGGGGUAAUACGGGUGGGAGCACGCUCAUUGGUAUCUCCGCCGCAGUCCUUACCUUUUUCGGCGCAGAUGCUGCGGCCCACAUGUCUGAGGAGCUGAAGGAUGCCAGCAAGACCGUCCCCCGGGCAAUGAUCUCCACUACCGUGGUCAACGGCCUGAUGGGAUGGGUGAUCGUCAUCACCUUCUGCUUCUGCAUAGGCGACACUCUGGCCGAGAUCGUUGACUCACCUACCGGGUUUCCGUUUAUCGAGGUCUUCUACAAGGCUACCGGCACCGUCGGAGGCGCCACUGGAAUGACGGUGUUCAUAGUCGCAAUGAACAUAUCCGCCAAUCUCGCCGGCGUCGCGACUGCUUCGAGACAAAUGUACGCCUUUGCUCGAGAUGGCGGCCUCCCAGGGGGUCCAUGGCUGGCUCAUGUCUCGCCCACUUGGAACCUUCCGUUUAACUCCAUCUUCGUGACGUUCAUCACCACAUCCCUUUUGUCCCUCAUCAACAUCGGCUCAGUCACCGCCUUCAACUCAAUCACGUCACUUGCCACCAACGCCUAUUUAACGUCAUAUAUAGUCUCCAUCGGCUGUAUGAUCUGGAGGCGGGGGACGGGCAGUCCCUUGCUCCCGUCAAAGUUCAACUUGGGGAAAUGGGGCCUUCCGGUGUACCUUGCCGCCGAGCUUUUCCUGGUGUCUGCAUUUGUUCUCUGCUUCUUCCCCAUGAGCCCGAAUCCAGGAGCUGAGGCGAUGAAUUACAACAUUGUAAUCUAUGGUGGGGUGGUCAUCUUUUCAAUGAUCUACUAUGCCUUCCAGGGAAGGCACCAGUACGAUGGACCAGUCGAGUACGUUCGCAAGUUAGAAUAA